GUAUAUAUAUACACAUAUAAACACGUAUCUAUACGUAUGUAAAUGUCUCUGUGCGUAUAUAUAUGCACAAACCUUAAUUCCUUAAUCCAGUAAUCUAGCUAGAAACUGAAUUCAGAAAGGAAGAAAAAACACACACAAACACGUCUACACGCACACAGAGAUUGAGUGUGUGUGUGUGUGUGAGAGAGAGAGAGAGAGAGAAAGAUGGAAUGGAGAAAAUGUUAUCUGGACUUAAUACUAGUACCUCUGGGAUUCAUGAUAUGCAUGGGUUAUCAGGUGUGGCUGUGGCAUAAGGUCCGGACCCACCCCUUCUCUACUGUCAUCGGAAGAAACGCCCAUGGCCGUCGAUUCUGGGUCUCCUGUAUUAUCAAGGAUAACGACAAGAAAAACAUCCUGGCCGUCCAAACGCUCCGCAACACGAUCAUGGGGUCCACACUGAUGGCCUCGACCUCGAUCCUCCUCUGCACCGGCCUCGCCGCCGUCAUCAGCAGCACCUACAGCGUAAAGAAGCCUAUAAAGGACGCGGUCUACGGCGCGCACGGCGAGGUCAUGGUGGCGCUGAAGUACGUCACUCUCCUCCUCUUCUUCCUCUUCUCCUUCAUCUGCCACUCGCUCUCGAUCAGGUUCAUCAACCAGGUUAACUUCCUCAUCAACUGUCCGCCGGAAAGCGCGAACGGCGUCGUGACGGCGGAGUACGUGGCGGAGCUGCUGGAGCGGGGGUUCGCGCUGAACACGGUGGGAAACAGGCUGUUCUACAGCGCGGUGCCGCUGCUGCUGUGGAUAUUUGGGCCGGUGCUGGUGUUCAUUUGUUCGGUGACGAUGGUGCCUCUGCUCUACAAUUUGGAUUUGGUAUUCAUUGCUGAGAAACGGAAAUUGGGGAGUGAGAAUGGGAAUGGAAAUCACUGUAUAACAGUAUGAUUCAGAGAUCAUAUUCAUUCAUAAAUAAAUAUAUUUAAUCAAAAUUAGCGGACUA